AUGUCGUCGGUUCUCACUCUAAUGUCCGCCGCCGCAGUAACUGUGAGCCAACAACACCAGUCCUCAAAAAACAUGCUGCCUCAGUGGCACAACCACAUUGAAAGAACUACAACCCCUCCAGCACAGCAGCCGCAACAACCGACACUGACGACCACCUCGUCGGUUAAACUCGAGGCCCCGUCCCUAUCCUCAUCAACUCACAGUAGUGGACAUAUUUCUCCCCACGCCAACAGUUCCACCGGUCAGUCACGUUCUGGCGUCCCACCAUUGGAUAUGCUGAAUAUUUUUCGAAGUCUUCAGGAUAGACCAGUGGCCGCUGAUCAACUGCAUUACGCAACGGCAAUCGCCGCGGUGCUGGCAUCAGUGGCCUCCAAUGGGCUACCCAGAUCAGGCAGUAUCGAUCCACCGGUGGAGUUUGCUGGAGGAUCCUCCAGAGAUCCCCCACCACGAGAGCUCAGAUCACCAACGCCUGUUCCACCUCCCCAUCUCCCGCCACCCCCACCUCCGUAUUUUCGGAUGAACACAGAGUUGAAUGCCUUUAUGAAGCGGGUUCAAGAUGAGGAAGCGGAGAUAAGAAAGCGCGACUGUCCUAAAGCCGAACUUGCCGAGCCAGAGUUGUGGAAAGCAUUCCAUAAAAUGACCACCGAGAUGGUGAUAACAAAGUCUGGUCGGCGAAUGUUUCCAGCAUACAAGAUAAACGUGACCGGGCUCGAUCCGAGGGCGAAGUACGUGAUGAUGAUGGACAUUGUGCCACGGGACCAGAACCGUUAUAAGUUCCACAACAACGGAUGGGCCGUUGCAGGGAAGGCCGACCCCGAGCCAACAAAGCGUCCCUACAUCCACCCCGACUCACCGGCCACGGGGGAACAGUGGAUGCAGAAGCCCAUCUCCUUCCACAAACUCAAACUCACCAACAACAUCGCUGAGCGGCAACCCUUUCAAGCCGUGCUCAAUUCAAUGCACAAGUACAUACCCCGCGUGCACAUUGUUAGGGCAGACGACCUCAUGAAGAUAAAUUUCUGCGAGUUCGUAACUUUCUCAUUUGAGGAGUCGGAGUUUAUCGCCGUAACUGCAUACCAAAAUGAGCAGAUUACGCAACUGAAGAUCGACCAUAAUCCAUUCGCGAAGGGUUUCCGUGAUAACGGGAGUGGAAGACGAGAAAAAAAACGCCAACGACUUCAGCAAAUGCCAUUUCUUAAUGCGGUCAACAGUGCAGCCACGGAGGACGUCGACGAAGACGCUAAAUCAAAUGAAGAAGAAAGAAAAACCGAGGACCCUCUCCUGUCAGUCCUUCGACAGCCUCCUUUUCCCCGCCCAUUUUCCCGAUUCCCUCCUCUUCCACCCAUUUCGCUCUCACUUUUCCAUUCAGCGAGGGGAGGUGGAGGGGGUUUUGGGGAUGUGCGCUUGCGUUUACCUCCACUCGGUCCGUGUCUUCCCGCAGGGUGCCUCCUCGAAUACCCCCUGGCAGAGCGCCUUUGGAGCGAGUUCGGAGAGCCAGAGAGGUUUAUGGCCGUUGGCACAAAUGCUGCUACUGACCGACGACAGGGUAGUCUAGCGGACCUUAUCAGCCAGUCCAUGAGAAGCCAAGAGAAUCCACCAACCUUUCCACCACCUCCACGACUGGAAACCCUCGCUCAAUUGGAUAAGUCGCCUCCUACCACGUCGGUACUUCAGCAGCGACACACUGUCCACCACUGUCCAGCACACAGACCGGCUCCUCCUUCGUCUCCACUAAGGCCGGUCACCAACUCCAAGGAAAUUGGCCAUGGUGACUCACUGGAUGCUCCAUCUGCCUCCCCUCAUUGGUCAAUCAAGGAGCAACUGACUAUCCUCAUCGCCGAUGAUGUUGAGAGGGGAGACGACCUCGAAUGA